AUGUUUCUCAAUCAAGCUGGUUAUUAUCUCUUAAUAUUACUUGAACGUUCAAAUUUUGAUUUAAUCUAUUUGGCAUGGCUGUGGGCUUUGUUCAAACCAUUGUGUCUCUUAUUGUUAUCGUUGUUUCUCUUACCAGCAACAAUACUUUUAUUCAUCUAUGGUUCAUCAUUGUUUUGUUUGAUUUAUAAACACUGGAAUCGGUUAAAAGCAGCAUAUUCAGAUGAUCUUUGGUAUGGAGCAUUGAAAACAUUGGCAAUCUUAUGGGAAUUGCAAGGAAGUAUUUGGCACGGUUAUGAAGUCGAAGGAUUGGAGCAUAUUCCGAGUGAAGGACCAGUUUUAAUUGUUUUCUAUCAUGGUGCAUUACCUAUUGAUUUCUACUAUUUAUUCGCAAAAAUUUGGUUAUACCGAAAUCGACGUGUUCGAGUGGUUGCUGAUAAAUUUGUUUUUAAGAUUCCAGGUGGGUUUGCAAUGAUAAUAAGUGAUAUUGUUUUAAAUAAAAGUUGUUUAGGUCUUGGAACACUUCUGGAAGCUUUGGAAAUUCAACCAUCAACUUCAGCGACGUGCAAAUCAAUGCUUGAAGAGGGUCAUGUUCUCGCAGUUUCGCCUGGUGGAGUGCGAGAAGCACUUUUCGGUGAUCAUAAUUAUCAAUUGAUCUGGAAAGAACGACGAGGUUUCGCUAAAGUGGCUAUUGAAGCGAAGACGACAAUCAUUCCAAUGUUUACGAAAAACGUUCGAGAAGCUGUCCGUGCUAUGACAAUUGGUCGUCGGUUUUUAAGCUACAUUUAUGAAAAAACUCGAUUACCACUUGUGCCAAUCUAUGGAAUGUUUCCAGUAAAAAUGAUUACUUACCUCGGUGAACCCAUUCCAUAUGAUCCAAACGUGACGACAGAAAUGCUAGUUACUCGAGUACGUAAAAAAAGAGAUCGAAUACUUGAUCGAAACUCAUCAACACCGUCCGGUUUACUUUAA